CCCACCACCACCCCACCCUACCCCACCCCCGUUAUGUGAGAGGGAGAGCCUGGGAGCCGAUAAAGGGGUUGGGGAGGCGGCAAUGUCUGUCUGCCCAUCGGUGUGAGGAGCAGUGACAGACGCAAACUUUUUUUUUUUUUCUUUCCCCCCCCCGUGCCAUUAAUGAGCCAAUUAAAGAGUUGGGCUCCUCACCCCGGGAGAGCUCUCUGCAGGCUGCCGGGCUCAGGGACUCAAGAGGCUCCCGGGAAGUUACCCAGCGCCCUGGGAGGCAGCCCACGGCCGGGCGUUUCGGGCCUCGGAUUGACAGCGGAUCACGGGAAGAAACGGGAUUAUUAUGACUCUCUUCCGAGGAGCUAUGCUGCCCGCCAUGAGUAGGAAAAAAGGCCAGAAAUACCUCGUUUGGUUGCUGUGUGGUGCCGCAAGCUUCUAGCUUUAUAAUUUUCUUUUUCCUGCAGUUGCUUGGAGUCUCUGAGCUGCAUUGGAUAAAUGCCUUUCCCAUCCGAUUGACUCUGCUUUUCAGAGAUUUUUUUUUUUUUUUGUAAGAACACCUCUCUGGUCUUCAAUAUUUGUUUGCGUUUUACACAACCGAACGGUUUCUCAGAGUAAUGGCUGCACUCAGAAUCACUGCCUGAUGCUCCGGAGAGAUGAAUUGCAGCUGAAAGUUUCCCUUCCACCUUUGGAUGAAUCUCUGGAGUUUAAAUUGUAGGAAGGAAGGGAGGAAAAAAACACGAUGAAAGAGAAGUCCAAAAAUGCUGCCCGGACUAGACGGGAGAAAGAAAACAGUGAAUUUUAUGAACUGGCUAAAUUACUACCCCUGCCCUCCGCUAUCACCUCUCAGCUGGACAAAGCAUCCAUAAUCAGACUCACCACCAGCUAUUUAAAAAUGAGGGUUGUUUUUCCAGAAGGACUUGGAGAAGCCUGGGGCCACUCUAGCCGAACCAGCCCGCUGGAUAAUGUUGGACGGGAACUGGGAUCCCAUCUUUUGCAGACGUUGGACGGUUUCAUAUUUGUCGUGGCUCCGGAUGGCAAGAUCAUGUACAUCUCGGAGACAGCCUCGGUGCACCUGGGCUUGUCGCAGGUAGAGCUAACCGGCAAUAGCAUUUACGAGUACAUCCACCCCGCCGACCACGAUGAGAUGACGGCGGUGCUCACGGCCCACCAGCCCUACCACUCGCAUUUUGUGCAGGAGUACGAGAUCGAGAGGUCCUUCUUCCUGAGGAUGAAGUGCGUCCUGGCCAAGAGGAAUGCGGGCCUGACCUGCGGGGGCUACAAGGUCAUUCACUGCAGCGGGUACUUGAAGAUCCGCCAGUACAGCCUGGACAUGUCCCCCUUCGACGGUUGCUACCAAAACGUUGGCUUGGUCGCCGUGGGCCACUCCCUGCCGCCCAGCGCCGUGACGGAGAUCAAGCUCCACAGCAAUAUGUUCAUGUUUCGGGCCAGCCUAGACAUGAAGCUCAUAUUCUUAGAUUCCAGGGUAGCUGAGCUAACAGGUUACGAGCCCCAGGACUUGAUAGAGAAGACCCUUUACCACCACGUCCACGGCUGUGACACCUUCCACCUGCGAUGCGCGCAUCACUUGUUGCUGGUAAAAGGGCAAGUGACCACCAAGUACUACCGCUUCCUGGCCAAGCACGGCGGCUGGGUGUGGGUGCAGAGCUACGCCACCAUCGUGCACAACAGCCGCUCCUCCCGCCCGCACUGCAUCGUCAGCGUCAACUACGUCCUCACGGAUACUGAAUAUAAAGGACUACAGCUCUCCCUGGAUCAGGUCACUGCUACCAAGCCGGCAUUCUCAUACGCAAAUUCAACUCCGACCAUAACGGAUAAUAGAAAGGGAAGCAAAUCUCGCCUCUCGAGCACAAAGUCAAAAUCAAGGACAUCACCAUACCCACAGUAUUCUGGAUUUCACACCGAGAGAUCCGAGUCUGACCACGAGAGCCAGUGGGGCGGGAGCCCUCUGACCGACACGGCUUCUCCCCAGCUACUGGAGCCGGCGGACAGACCGAGCUCCCAGCACCACGAUGUCUCCUGUGCCUACAGACAGUACUCGGACCGCAGUGCUCUCUGCUAUGGUUUUGCACUUGACCACUCGAGGCUGACCGAUGACAGACAUUUCCAUACUCAGGCCUGUGAAGGAGGCAGAUGUGAAGCUGGCCGGUAUUUCCUUGGCACGCCGCAGCCGGGAAGGGAGAGUUGGUGGGGUUCUCGUUCGGCAUUGCCCCUGACUAAGGCGUCCCCUGAGAGCAGAGAAGCAUACGAAAACAGUAUGCCCCACAUAACUUCAGUGCACAGGAUUCAUGGGAGAGGACACUGGGAUGAGGACAGUGUCGUUAGCUCACCUGAUCCUGGCUCUGCCAGUGAAUCAGGUGACCGAUACCGUCCUGAGCAAUAUCAGAGCAGUCCGCAUGAGCCCAGCAAAAUUGAAACUCUAAUAAGAGCCACCCAGCAAAUGAUUAAAGAGGAAGAAAACAGACUACAGAUGCGGAAAACGACCCCUGAUCCACUGGUAUCCAUUAAUGGCACAGGGAAGAAGCACGCUAUCUGUUUUGCAAACUACCCUCAGCAGCAGUUGGCAGGGGAUGUCUGCCGCGUCCCGACGGUUGCCAACACUCCUCCCUGUGAACACAUCCAGCAACGAGAUGGGAAGAUUAUGAGCCCGCAUGAAAAUGACUAUGACAACAGCCCCACGACACUGUCUAGGAUAAGCAGCCCCAGUUCUGACCGAAUAUCAAAAUCUAGCUUGGUACUAGCUAAAGACUACCUGCAUUCAGACAUGUCCCCUCAUCAAACCCCAGGGGACCACCCAGCAGCCUCCCCAAAUUAUUACAGCUCCCAUAGGCAGUACUUUGAUAAGCAUGCUUACACAUUAACUGGAUAUGCGCUGGAGCAUCUAUAUGACACUGAAACCAUUAGAAACUAUUCACUAGGCUGUAAUGGAUCACACUUUGAUGUGACUUCUCACUUAAGGAUGCAGCAAGAUCCAGCACAAGGACACAAGGGGACAUCCGUUAUAAUAACCAAUGGAAGCUGACACUUUUUUCUAAAAACUUUUGUGCUUUAAAAAAUAACCUUUGAGAUCUAAUUGGAAGAUAUUAUAUGUUUUCAUGCCCUUGUUGUUACCAGCAUUUGAUAUACCACAGUGCACUAGAAAGAAUAACCUGAGGUUUGGUGGGAUAAGUUAGUUAACACACAUUACUUUUGAAAAAUAAAAAUGCACUGGCAUGCAGGGUUAGAGUGAGUGGAGCUAAACUCAAAGUUGGUGCAUGCAAGGUGAGAAGGAUGGAAGAGGUCUAGGCAGGGAAAGCUUGAGGCAGGCUAGCAAAGCGAUUUAUGCACAUUGCGUAAGAGGUGGUUGUUUGGAAACGCUGCCAAGGGCAGACCUUCUGAACUGCGUGUGCCCCACAGGUCCCAGCCAACAAAACUGCUAUGCAGUCUUUUUACGCAGAAAGUUGGAAUGUGUUCCUUUGAAAUACACAUCAAAAUGUGUACUUCUGGUGAUCUGUUUAUUCCCUAAUGGCCAAGUGUGUUAUGCUGCUCCAUGGUAUAGAACAUCCAUGGCUAACCAAUACAAAAUCUAAAAGGGGAGAAAGAAGAGAGAACUCCUCAGAAUUGUUAUUUCCUUGUGUACUCACAUGCAUAGCUAUUUACAUACACUUGAUUUGAAAGGAGUCAAAUGAGCAGUAUCUUUAUGAUUAGUACGAUCAAAUAUUUACUUCUACUGUAUUUAAAAGAAAGAGGGCCUUUCUCAGUGUAGUUUGGAGAAAUACGUAGGGCUUGGUUGUCUUGAUGUAGACAUGGGAGAUUGUCCUCAUAUUUUUGAAAGGUCGCGCAAGGUGGAUAGUGGAGUGAAACAGAAGAAAAUUGUCUGGAGAAACAGGGAGAAUAAGCUGGAAUGAGGAGUGGUCCAGGAUAAACACAUUUAUCAUUAUGGCUAUGCAUGCUGUUUUGUAAUAAUUAUAAAAUAAGGAAAAGCAGUUCUAAGUGGCUGAAUAAUUAAGAAUUAAUUUGAAACACAGAAGGAACUCAAUAGAAUCAUAGAAAUUUUGCUGUAAAAUACAAAGGUAAUUGCAUAAGUGUAAAAAUAUGAGAUGCAAGAAUAGACAAAAACUGCAUGGUGGUUUGUCCUACUUCUGAUAAAGUUUUGGAGUAAAUUAAGAAAGUAUAGAAAGUUGUAACUACUCUGACAUACAGUAAAAUAAUAGAUAUGACUUUGAAAAAGGGAUAUGCAUUCUUUUCUUGCUUGCAGCAGAAAAUUUAAUGAAUAUCAGAACAUAUUAGGCAUAUCGAGAUCAGUCAUAUGUACAUAAAAAAUACAGAGGGAAAUCAGGAUUCCAAGAAAUUAAGUUGUAUUAAGAAUGCUGAUAUUAUCAAGGCCUGUCCUAGAGUUAUAGAAGACAUCAAAAGAGGCAGAGAAACUUUUUUGCAAUUUUUAAUAAUCUCAUGAACAGAGACACACUAAUUGAUUGGAAAAGAGUAAAUAAAAAACACAUGUUAAAAAAAAAAGUAAAAUAGGGCAUUUGCAGGCACAAUUGCUGGACCUGUCCUUCUUUGUAUGGCAUUUACCUGAAGUCUCAAAGUUGACUGCAAAGGGAGCAGGACCACCCCCCCCAUCUACCCCCAUUAUACCGAUGUGGAGGUAAGGGAACUUGAGAUUAACGCUAAGUCUAGCUUCAUUUGUAACAUUAAGCUUGACAUAUGGGACUGAGUCAUCAAUGUGACUAAAUAUAAAGCAGCAUGCUAUGGGUGGGUUAAAAAUAUCUAUUUUCAAAUAAAACUAAUCAGAAGCAAAAGCUAAAUAAUAACAUUAUAGGCCACGUAAGUAGAGAUGUACUUGAAAGCAGAGGAAAUUACCUCUCUGAACUUGGAAUAUUGUGUAUAGUCCUGAUCACUCCAAGGCAGAUUGUGAAUCUUGAAUUGAGUAGUACCUUACUCCAUAAGCAAUCUCUGUUGACUGCAGUGUGAUCACUCCUGGUGAAAUGUACGUUGAACACAAGGAAGAGCAACACAGUCUGGUCUUUAUUAUCUAAAGCUCAUAAUAGAAAAGGUGGAGCAGAGCUCAGCAAAAGAUAAAGAGACUGAAAGAUCUAAUAAAAACUUUAAAUAAACUGGGUCUGUCAUCUUUGUAAGGGAAAAGAGUAAGGGGGAAUGUCACUGGUGUGCACCAAGCUCUGCACAGGGGAGAGAUAAAUAAUGGUCUAAAACGAUUCGAACUAGCGGCAGAAAUGAGAGACAGGGCAUUGAAUGUUAGCCAAGGCAAAAUGAGAACAAAAUGAUUUGGCAAGAAGUUUAUUUGACUAACUGCCAAAUGAAUUACAAAGGUCGUAAAGAGAAGCAGCUAGAGAUUUUUGUUUGUUUGUUUGUUUUUAAGAUAAAACCAAGGCAAAUAAUUGAGGGAAAGAAAAACAUUGACAACUGUUAACUCAGAGGAAGGAAUGGACCAAAAUGGACUUCUUUCAGCCCAACAAUUGUAUAUAUUCCUAAAGCAUAGGAAUGAGAAAAUAUUUUUGAUAAAUCUAGUUCUGGAUACAUAUUUAUUUCACUUAUUCCUAUGAAUAAUAUGAAUAAACUUGUAUUUGGAGUCUCAUUGUACAGUAUUAAAACACAAUUUGCAAAGCGAAUUAGAGUAGAGGUACAUGGUAUCAUAUUAUCCCUCCUAGUACAUAUAAAAAAUAAGUCUAAGUGUCAAUAUUAUUUUGUAUUACGGAAGAGUUUCCUAAACUGUUUGGAUGAAUGGGGUUUUGUCAGCACCCAAGUUUCUUGGGGUCACCAAGCGCUCUUGUUAUCAAGCUUUUAAUUAGAAGGCAAUAGAGUUCUGCAGACCAGCUGCAGUUCCCUGGCUAUGGUCUAAUGGCCACAAGUAGUCAGGAAACUGCAGUUUGGGCACCGUUAUAUUUGCAUUCUGACAGGCACUUUUGAAAAAUAGAAGACUUAUGAAACAAACAGGCACAAUAGAAGAUGCUUAUACUCUUUAUGAUUUCACCUAGGAAAAAAGCCAGUGUGCUAUGCAAUAAAAAUUCCCCAAUCUUAUUUACUGUCAUCCCAAAAUCCAGCUUCCCAAAAUGUAGUUAUUUGUCCUAUUUUCAAUAGUUCCAGUCCACUACAAUGACAAAUGCAGCAAAAUGCACUGUAAUGAAUGGAAUAUAUCACCAGAGAGGUCUGUACAUGCAGCCACGUUGUGCUACCAGCAAAGGCUGAUGUUUGCUCCACUCAUGGGGUUCCAGCAACUGGCGCUCCUUAGCAUUUCAGUACAGUCUGCCAGAGAUAGAUGCCUUUUGUCAGCUAAUUUGCCAUCCUGCUCCGUUAGAUAGCCAGGAAUUUCUUCUUAAUUGACAGAAAGCAUUGAAUGUUGUAAACAUAGGCUCUGCAUGCUACAUGCUACAUGAAAGCAAGUUUGCAAUCUUAAUUAUAGCAUAUAAUAUCACUGCAGCUCCUAUUACAUGUACUUUUCAAUAUGGUAUAAAGCUUAUUUUUUCCAUUACAUAUUUAUUUAAUUCAAAUUUUCAUCUAGUAUCCUUCAAGGAUAUUGUCAUCUUUGUUUGUUUGUUUCUUCCUUUUCUAAAUCAGAUGAGAUGAGAUAUUUUGCAAAAUUAAAAAAUUCAAGGCAUUUGUACCAAAUACCUUUCAAAUAUUUCACAUUAGCUAAAGGUUAUCACUUUAAAUAAGGUAUACAGGAUGUGUUUUGGAACAGAAACAAUAUAAAUUGCUGUGUUGCAUCAUUUCUCUAACAUAAUUCUCUGUUCUGCUAUUAACACCAAAAUAAUAUUUUGUAGCUACUCCAAAUACAGAGUGACCACAGUUCUUUCAAACCAUUUCUUAUUGAUAUCAGUGGAUGGUGCAUUAUGAUUUUGGUAUAACUCUUCUGUUUAAAGAAGCAAAAAAUCCCCUCUCUUCUUUACACAAAAUUGCACCCCAGGGGCAUGGAUUUUGUAAUUUUGGACAAAUUUGCCAAGCAAUUCUUAAAUUAGAAGAAGAACCUUACUCAGCAAUUUGUCCCAUUGACUCAAAUGGGAAUAUUUGUGGAGUAAGGUACUACUUAAUAUGUGUAAGGGCAAAAAAGCUGACUUCUUGUGAACUGGCAAUAGGUUUGUGGUCUGUUUGUAAUUUUUUUUUUUUUAAAAUCUCAAGAUGUGAGUAUGGAAACUAUGGAAAAUAAUAGCUGUAAUGGCUGUGUUUCUAUAAUAGUAGUUACUAAUAUACACUUUGAAAAAAUGAGGGCAUCUCUCUGCACUGAAGAUCCCCAGAAGUAUUUCUUAAGCUUUAAAUGGCUUUUGUUGAUGUGUCCGCAAUACUGCCACAGGUUACACAGUGAAAUUCUGCUCUUUUAAACUCUUUUAAUCACUUUUAUCUGAAUCUCAUUUUUAUCUCUGGACAUGCAGCAUUUAUUCAUUAAUGUCCCUAAGUGUGUUAACCACCAUAUGUUCAUUUAUGUGAACAUCCUGAGCGAGUCGGAAAAAAAGAAAAGGUCUCAUAGUAUUUCUGGAAAAGGCACAGCCACCCCAGAAAAUCGGACUGGCUGUUGCAAAGGUCAGUUAACCUUUCAAUCAAGGAACAAAGCUGUGGCAUACGCAUUGGUUUCAGACCUUCUGCAUACAAAGCUGUAUAUAAUGGGGAUUAUAGCACACAGUUCCAGGAUUAGACCUAGCUAUGUCUAUUUUAAGGUGGCUAUAGUUCACGUCUGGCAGCAAAUGGGUUCAGGCUCUGGGCUUUCCAUGAGUUGCAAGUUUACUUAAAACACCUAAGGGUCUAAAGGCAAUACAGGCUUUGUUCUUAGGAACAACGGUGGAUGAACAUGCUUUCCUGUAGGUAUACUGGAUUAGCUCCGGAUACUUCCAUAGUGUGGAGGACAGCCUAUUUUAUUUUAUUUGCAGUUAGUAUUGACGGUUAAAUAUUUCAGCUGCAUGCACUGAGAAGCAAAAAACCCCUCAAAACCAACACCAGAAAAAACAAAACUAAACAAAAAAAUCACAGUUUUUUUCUGUAACCCUUCAGUUUGGUGUUAGUAAAGCCUGCUAGAGGUGUAGCUGAGGGUUUAGCUGUUAUUCUGAAGACCAAAAAAUUAAACAGUCUUCUGUUCAGAACGGUGAGAGGACGAGUGUGACUCCAUUUCACAUUUCCUUAGAGCAUUUAUUAAUGGGAAAAAAAAAAAAAAAAAAAAAGAUGUGAAGUUAAACUUCACUGUGGCAUUUAUCUUAUGUAUACAAGAGUUCUGUGCAUAAAUCUGGCUCGAAGUCGCUAGGAAUACAUCCUUUUCUGAAAUGAGGUAAUUUAUGACUCCAUCUAUGAAGCUGUAUAUGAAAGGAAAGAUCAAAUACAGGAAGAAACAAAGCUUUUUGGCUGGUUGUAUUCACUAUUUAACUCCCCUCUCACAUGGAGUUCUCAAGAUUUCCUAUUGUUCUAGGAUUACAAAUACAAUUUUUAAAUAUUUUUAUUUGUUGCAAUUUGGACUGCAUGCAUUUUUUUCUUUUCAGCUACCAAUACAGUGGGAAGUUUAGAAAUGCAAGAAAUAAUCUUGCUCACACAUUAUAAAAAAUUGGCACCUUUACAUUUCUAAGGAAAUAAAGUCUAUUAAGAAAAGUACUUUUAAGGCACUGCAACUUUUUCCCCAAGGUAAAUAUUUCAAUGCAUAAAAUAUACUAAUCUAGCAAAGAAAGCACUUGAGACAUAAUGAAGCAUUUCAUGUUUGCUUUAAACCAAUGGGUUCUAUUUAUGGAAAAAAAAAAGGCACAGAUUGCCAGCAUUUCAAAUACCAUGCCUUGCAAUGUAUAGGGUCUAGUGACAUUGUAGCAUAACAUCUGUAAUUUGAAGUUUUCCUUUGGAAUGUAAUGUAGGAAACACAAUUUAGCUAUGUCAACAAUAUCUUGCAAAGUGUUCCCAUUUAUAAUUAUUUAUAUUGUAAAUAGCUUUCUGAAGUAAAUUUGAAGUUAAUGUGCAUAAGAUGUAUUUAUUAU